AUGAAGGUAAUGUCAGUAGCCCUAUUUUCCUUAAUAAUAUUUAAUAUUGUUUUAGCAAAAAAUACUUCUGAUUCAGGGCCCACCACGAAUUCCUUUUCAUUAUUGGAAGAAAAUACAAAAAAAACCCAUAAGACGACAGAAGAAUCAGUUAAUGUUAAAGGUAAGAGACCAUAUAAAAAAGCCUAUGAAGAAAACCAUGAAGAAAACUAUGGAGAAAACUAUGAAGAAAACUAUGAAGAAAACUAUGAAGAUAUGGUAAAGGAUAUUUUUAUGCCUCUUGAGGACAGUUAUCAAUACAGCCGAAAUAAUUCACAUAAACAAGAUGACGUCCCCCCUCAAGUAUCUAAUGGGCCUAAAAAACAAAAAUUUACAGAAAAAACAAAAUUAAAUACAAAAAUAAAAACAAAAUCCAAACCAAUAGUUCGUUAUUCUACUCCAGAAGAAAUAUAUGAAAAAAACGAGAAAUUAUUAUGCAUCAAUCCCACCGAAAUAGCAAAUGCAGUCAAACUUAUGAACGAAGCUAUAAAACAUUUAGAAUAUCAUGCUACAGAUAUUGAUAAUUAUGAAACUUGGAUAACAAAUAAUUGA